AUGUUGAGAUUUAGAAGGUCAUUGCACAGUUGUGGUGUGCUGCGCCAAGGUCAAAAUUUGACCGAAAAGAUCGUCCAAAAAUAUGCUGUUGGGUUGCCCAAAGGUAAAGUUGUGCACUCUGGGGACUAUGUUUCGAUCAAACCUGCUCAUUGUAUGUCUCAUGAUAAUUCUUGGCCUGUUGCAUUAAAAUUUAUGGGGUUGGGUGCUACCAAGAUACACGAUACAAGACAGAUUGUUAACACACUGGAUCAUGAUAUUCAAAACCGCGAUGAGAAGAACUUGGCGAAGUACAAAAACAUCGAAAACUUUGCCAAGAACCACGGGGUCGAUUUCUAUCCUGCUGGUCGUGGUAUUGGGCACCAGAUCAUGAUCGAAGAGGGUUAUGCUUUCCCAUUGAACUUGACUGUCGCUUCCGAUUCGCAUUCUAACACCUAUGGCGGUAUCGGGUCCCUGGGGACUCCAGUGGUACGUACUGAUGCUGCUGCUAUCUGGGCUACGGGUCAAACAUGGUGGCAGAUUCCUCCAGUGGCUCAGGUCGAAUUGGUCGGACAAUUGCCUCACGGCGUUUCCGGUAAGGAUAUCAUAGUUGCCCUGUGUGGUCUAUUCAACAAGGAUCAAGUUCUUAACCAUGCGAUUGAGUUCACCGGUGACUCGCUUGAGCAUUUGCCAAUCGAUUACAGACUCACAAUUGCCAAUAUGACUACCGAAUGGGGUGCACUGUCCGGUCUAUUCCCAGUUGACUCGACUUUGAUCAACUGGUACCGUAACGAGAGACUACCUAAGCUAGGUGCUAACCACCCAAGAAUCACCAAACAGAUUAUAGAUGAUUUGGAGAAAGCUGCCUCUCAAUGGAAGGCCGAUACCGAUGCUAGCUAUGCAAAGAAGUUGACUAUUGAUCUUUCGACUUUACAACACUAUGUCUCUGGUCCAAACAGCGUCAAAGUAUCAAACACUGUGCAAGAACUAUCGGCUCAAAAUAUCAAGGUAGAUAAGGCGUACCUGGUCUCUUGUACCAACAGUAGGUUAUCAGACCUGGAAUCUGCAGCGCAGGUCGUGUGCCCAUCGGGAGAUAUUAACAAGAUUAACAAGGUCUCUCCCAACGUCAAAUUUUACGUUGCAGCAGCUUCUUCAGAAGUCGAGAAGGACGCUAAGGCUUCUGGUGCAUGGGAUAAACUUGUGAAGGCUGGCUGUAUCGUUCUACCACCAGGUUGUGGUCCUUGUAUUGGUCUAGGUACUGGUUUGUUAGAAGCUGGUGAGGUCGGUAUCAGUGCUACCAACAGAAACUUCAAAGGCAGAAUGGGGUCUAAGGACGCCCUUGCUUACUUGGCCUCUCCUGCUGUGGUUGCGGCAUCUGCGAUCGUUGGCAAGAUCGCUUCUCCAGCAGAGGUAUUUGGAACUCAGGAAAACUUCAGUACCAAGGUCAACACUACCACUGGAACUGCAGGUUCAUCAGCUGCCGAGGAGUCUAGUGCGCCAGCAGCAAGCAGCGGAGCAGUAGAAAUUCUAGAGGGAUUCCCAAGCGAGAUAUCCGGUGAAUUGGUUCUAUGUGAUGCCGACAACAUCAACACUGACGGCAUUUACCCAGGUAAGUACACUUAUCAGGACGAUGUUCCAAAGGAAACAAUGGCGAAGGUUUGCAUGGAAAACUACGACCCAGAAUUCCAAACUAAAACCAAGAAGGGAGAUAUCAUUGUCAGCGGCUUCAACUUUGGUACCGGUUCUUCCAGAGAACAGGCAGCUACUGCAAUUCUCGCUAAAGGUGUCAAUCUAGUGGUUUCGGGAUCGUUUGGUAACAUCUUUUCCAGAAACUCCAUUAACAAUGCAUUGCUAACGUUGGAGAUCCCAGCAUUGAUUGAAAAGUUGCGUAACAAAUACAAGGACUCACCAAAGGAAUUGACCAGAAGAACGGGAUGGUUCCUGAGAUGGGAUGUCGCUCACAGAAAAGUCGUUGUGACUGAAGGUUCUCUCGAUGGUCCUGUGGUGCUGGAACAGACAGUGGGUGAACUGGGAAAGAAUUUGCAAGAGAUCAUCAUCAAGGGCGGUCUAGAAGGCUGGGUCAAAGCUCAUCUAUGA